AUGUUGAAGCAAGCUGUUUUCCAGAGAUCGUCCCAUGUGUCAAGGACAAGCGUUGCUGCUAGGUUAGCUAGAAAAUCAACCUCGGUCGGGGUGAACAGUGUCUUGUUGGCCCGUCACCAAGUUAGGAACAAGUCGACAAAGAGCUCGAGCUCGAGCUCGAGCUCUGUGGCAACACCAGCAGCAUCAGCAGCUCCAUCGCCCGCCAGAAACUACUCCACCAAGUCCACAGUUAUCCAGUUAUUAAACAACAUUGGCUCCAAGCGAGAAGUUGAACAGUAUUUGAAAUACUUCACCUCGGUCAGCUCGCAGCAGUUUGCCGUGAUCAAAGUGGGCGGCGCAAUCAUCACUCAGCAAUUGGACGAGUUGGCAUCGUGUUUAGCAUUCUUGUACCAUGUGGGCUUGUACCCGAUAGUCUUGCACGGCACGGGCCCCCAGAUCAACGAGUUGUUGGAGAACGAGGGCGUUGAGCCUGAAUACAUCGACGGGAUAAGAAUCACCAACCCCAAGACCAUGGAGGUUGUCCGCAAGUGUUUUCUUGAGCAGAACUUGCGAUUAGUUACUGCAUUGGAGAAAAUUGGCGUCCAUGCUCGUCCCAUCACUGCUGGGGUUUUCCAAGCUGAGUAUUUGAACAAGGAGAAGUACGACUUGGUUGGUAAGAUCACCGGUGUCAACAAGUCGCCUGUUGAAGCUGCUAUCACUGCUGGCUAUUUGCCGAUUUUGACUAGUUUGGCUGAGACUGCGAGCGGCCAGUUGUUGAACGUGAAUGCCGAUGUCGCUGCCGGUGAGUUGGCCCGCGAGUUUGAGCCUUUGAAGAUUGUUUACUUGAAUGAAAAAGGUGGUAUCAUCAAUGGCAACACCGGAGAAAAAGUCUCCAUCAUCAAUUUGGACGAGGAGUAUGAGGAAUUAAUGAAGGAGAGCUGGGUCAAGUAUGGUACCAAGUUGAAGAUCAAGGAGAUCCAUGACUUGUUGCAGCAUUUGCCUAGAUCGUCCUCGGUUGCAAUCAUUGAUGUCGAUGAUUUGCAAAAGGAGUUGUUUACUGAUUCAGGUGCUGGUACUUUGAUCAGAAGAGGCUACAAGUUAAUCAACAGAAACUCGUUGCGUGAAUUUGGCAACCCCGAUUUAUUGAGAACUGCAUUGUUGAGAGACCCCGAGAUCAAAGCUGGUAAGUUAUCGGUUGCUUCGUAUUUGAAAUUCUUGGAAUCUGUGCAAUUUAAGAGCUACGGCGAUGAACCUUUGGAAGUGUUGGCUAUUGUUCUUAACGAAGACGGCAAGGUCCCCAAAUUGGACAAGUUCUUGUCGUCAAAGACGGGCUGGCUAAACAAUGUCACCGAUAACAUUUUCAACUCGAUUAAAAAGGACUUUGAGUCCUUGUGCUGGAUCGUGGAUGAAAACGACGCCAACUUGGCCUGGUACUUUUCCAAAUCUGACGGUUCAUUUGCCAAAAACGGCCAAAUCAUCUUUUGGUACGGGUUAAAGACACCGGAGGCUGCUGAGUUGAUCAAGGAGUUUGACAACUCCGCUAUUGGAUCUUCAUUAUCAUCAGCUAAGGAGUCGGGUGUCUUUUCAUCAAGCCAACAAAAGAGAGGCUUGCACUUGAAAAGAUCAUUAGCCACCUCGGCUAACCCUAACCCACCUCUUAGAGAGGGCAAGAGCCAGGAAAAGAAAAAAGUUGCUUUGAUUGGAGCUAGAGGCUACACUGGACAAAACUUGAUCAAGUUGAUUGACAACCAUCCGUACUUGGAGAUCUCCCACGUUUCUUCUCGUGAGUUGGAAGGUCAAAAAUUGAAAGGCUACAACAAGGACACCAUCAUUUAUUCCAAUUUGCAGCCAGAAGAUAUCAAAUUGUUGGAAGAAAAAGGCGAAGUUGACGUUUGGGUUAUGGCUUUACCCAAUGGUGUCUGCAAGCCAUUUGUUGAUGUCAUUGAUUCUGUUGGCAACUCCAAAUCCAAGAUUAUUGACUUGUCUGCCGAUUACAGAUUCGACACUACCGGCGACUGGACGUAUGGAUUGCCCGAGCUCAACGAUCGUCAAGCCAUUGCCAAUGCAAAGAAAAUUUCAAACCCAGGCUGUUAUGCCACUGCAGCUCAAGUCGCCAUUGCCCCAUUGGUUGAGUACAUUGAGAAUGGCAAACCCAGCAUCUUUGGUGUUUCGGGAUACUCGGGUGCCGGAACCAAGCCAUCACCAAAGAAUGACGUUGCAGUUCUUUCCAAUAACCUCAUCCCUUAUUCCUUAACUGACCACGUUCACGAGCGUGAAAUCUCGUCGCAAUUGAAGCAGAAGGUCGAUUUUACCCCACACGUUGCCCAAUGGUUCCAAGGUAUUUCUCACACCAUCAACAUCCCCAUCAAGAAGCACAGCCUAACUUCAAGAGAAAUUAGAAACAUUUACCAGGACAGGUACCAGAAUGAACAAUUGAUCACCAUAAGUGGCGAAGCUCCCUUGGUCAAGGACAUCAGUGGGAAACAUGGCGUUGUCAUUGGUGGCUUUGCAGUCAACUCCGAUGAAGAUAGGGUUGUUGUUGUAGCUACUAUUGACAACUUGUUGAAGGGUGCUGCUACUCAAUGCUUACAAAACAUUAACUUGUCGCAAGGUUUCGGCGAAUACGAAGGUAUCCCUGACGACACGGUGAUCAGGGGUUAA